AAAAAUGAGAAUUGAGGGUUAAUUGUUUGUGAGAUGACAUUUGAGUUUUGGUUUUCGAUCAAGGCAAAUACGUCGUCGUUACAUCUUGUUGGAAAGAGAGAAAAAAAGAGUUGAAGAUAAUAUUGGUCUGUAUCUCCCUCGCUACUUCUGGCCUGUUUCCCCAAAACCCUCAACGCACUAAACACAUAACAACAUAGUGUGCCUUUCUCUCUCUAAAAGCUCAACACUCUUCUCUCUCUCUCAUAGACUCGCUAGAAGAAGACAACAAUCCCAACUUCUCCAAUGUCCGAUCCCUCCGACGACGCUUCCCACAUCGAGAAGCUCUACGAAUUUGGCGAGCGUCUCAACGAAUCCAAGGACAAGUCCCAGAAUGUCAAGGACUACCAGGGGAUUAUUGAUGCGGCCAAGACGAGUAUCAAGGCUAAGCAAUUGGCUGCCCAGCUCAUUCCUAGGUUUUUCAAGUUUUUCCCGGACCUGUCCGGUCCCGCCAUCGAUACCCACCUUGAUUUGAUCGAGGAGGAGGAACUUGGGGUUCGGGUACAAGCGAUUCGGGGACUACCCCUUUUCUGCAAGGAUACGCCUGAACAUAUUGCCAAAAUAGUGGACAUUCUUGUGCAACUUCUUGCAGCUGAAGAAUUUGUGGAGCGUGAUGCUGUCCAUAAAGCUCUUAUGGCCCUUUUGAGGCAGGAUGUGAAAGCUUCUUUGACAGCCUUAUUUAAGCAUAUUGGUAGUGUUGAUGAACCAAGCACGGAUGAAUUUAUUCGGGAGAAGGUGUUAAGCUUUAUAAGAGAUAAGGUAUUUCCUAUUAAAGGAGAACUGUUGAAGCCACAGGAAGAAAUGGAGAGGCAUAUUACUGACUUAAUAAAAAAGAGUUUAGAAGAUGUAACUGGAGCAGAAUUUAGAAUGUUCAUGGACUUCUUAAAAAGUUUGAGCAUAUUUGGAGAGAAAGCUCCUCCAGAACGCAUGAAAGAACUAAUUGGAAUUAUUGAAGGCCAAGCUGAUUUAGAUGCACAGUUCAAUGUUUCAGAUGCUGACCAUAUAGACAGACUGAUUUCUUGCCUUUACAUGGCUCUUCCAUUUGUCGUGAGAGGUGCAUCAAGUAGCAAGUUCCUCAACUAUCUCAAUAAGCACAUAAUACCCGUCUUUGAGAAGCUACCUGAGGAACGCAAGUUGGAUUUGCUCAAAGCACUAGCAGAAAUUUCACCUUACACAACUCCUCAAGAUUCACGCCAGAUCCUUCCUUCUAUUGUUCAACUUCUGAAGAAGUACAUGCCUCGAAGGAAAACUGGAGAAGAGAUGAACUUCACUUAUGUUGAGUGUUUGUUGUAUACAUUUCAUCAUCUUGCUCAAAAGGUUCCCAAUGCCACAAACAGUUUAUGUGGUUACAAAAUAGUAACAGGCCAACCCUCAGAUAGGCUUGGAGAGGACUUCUCAGAGCAGUACAAAGAUUUAACUGAAAGGUUGACGAGUGUGGAGGAGCUGACUAGAGCGACCAUGAAGAAGUUAACUCAGGGAAUGGCUGAGCACAACAAAGCAAUGGCUGCAGCCAAAUCUGAUGAGGCAAAGGGUAGCAUUAAAACUCAAAAGCAGAACACAACAACUGGACUGCGAACCUGCAAUAACAUUUUGGCAAUGACAAAGCCAUUACAUGUGAAAACACCGACAUUUAUUGGAGACAAGAGCAUAAAUUUGUCUUGGAAAGAGGCAACCAAACCUGCUGUGUCGUCCUCUAAUACUGUUGGAGGUAAACGUCCAUCUACAGCUGCUAAUGGAUCAGGCAAUGCUACUUCAAAAAAAGGCCGUGGAGGUGGUGGUUUGCCGAGCCAGCUUGUUAAUAGGGCGUUUGAAGGGUUAUCUCAAGGUGGCAGAGGCGGUGGGAGAGGCAUAGGCAGAGGCAGAGGAUGGGGUGGUCGUGGAAGAGGAAGGGGUUUCCGGUAGCUGCACUCAGUGAUGCAGUUAGGUAAAAGCUACAAAAUUCCAGGAUGUGUAUGAGAAUGCGCAUUGGGCACUUGAUGUAUGGAAUUCUUCUCUUAGGGAUAUGCUUUGUUUCUCAGAGGAAGUGAGUUUUGGACUCGAUUUGGACUAACCCCAAUUAUCAUAUUACUCUGGAGAUUAUAGAGUGGCAGGAGAGUAGAGCUUGGGGAUUCUGAACCCUUUCAAAUUUAGCUGCAACCGAUUAAAAAAAAACAGAGACCAUUUAGGAGAAAAGUGCAGGUUGCCGUAGUGCACUGAUUAUGCUUGUUUUACUGAUUUUUUUUUUUUUUAUUAUUAUUAUUAUUAUAGAAUACUGAAUUUGAUUUUAAGGUAUUUUGUAGUUCAAAUAAUUAGUGACUAUUGUUGAAUGCGUGACUAGUACAUUAGUGUAUAACUCGAGAGAGUUUAUUUUAGUGUAUAAUUCACUUGUAAUACUCGAACUUGUUAAAACCA